GAAAUGUAUUAUCAGUUCAUCGUUUACCGUACACAGUUCGUUCUGAACUGGGUAUACAGUUCAUAUGAACUGUUGCCCAGCAAAAAAGAACGGCAGUUCGUUCACUCUUUUUGGUGAACUAGUUCUUUUGAUCAGUUCAUGAACGGUUUGCCCAUCUCUACUCUGUUUACUGUUAUCGUGAUGAUCAAUCAGUUAGGCUGAUAAGCCAGGUUUUUAUUACAAAAUUUGUGUUCAAAGUCACUAUCAAUUUAUUAUUAUUAUUGUUUUAAAUGCAAAGUUGAUACCACUAUUUAGGUGCAAAACUAGAAUCUCAAAAGGUUUCUAUUAAAAGAGAGAAAGUGAAAAAAUGCUACGCGUUCCACGCAGUAAUUUCGUUUUCUUACGGGGUAAAACUACUCGCGCCAGUUCCGGCGAGGACUAUCAAUACUUGCAGAGAACACGAAUCCCUAUGCUGCAUUUUCAGCCUUCCUUGCCUAGAUUACCGAUCCCAGCGCUCGAAAAAACCUGCGAGCGAUAUCUAGCUGCUCAGAAACCGCUGCUUAUCGAUGAGGCCUUCCGGAAAACAAAUGACAAUGUUGAUCGAUUCAUGACUACCACCGGGCCUAAACUGCAAGAGUUGCUUAAGCAAAAAGAUUCACAAAAUAAACAUACCAGUUAUAUUUCCGAACCAUGGUUCGAUAUGUACCUCAGAGAUCGAGUUCCACUGCCGAUAAAUUACAAUCCUCUGUUGAUGAUGAACCCAGAUCCACGUCCGGAAUACAAUAACCAACUGGUGCGGACAACUAAUCUGGUGAUAAGCUCGUUGCGUUUUAUGAAUUCACUACGAGCACAGCUGCUUGAGCCAGAAGUGUUCCACCUGAAUCCUGCUAAAAGCGACACGGAUAGAUUUAGGACCAUUACUUCACUCACACCAUCUAUCAUCUCUACAUACGUGGCAUAUGCUUUCAAGGCUUUUCCGCUUGAUAUGAGCCAGUAUCAAGGGUUAUUUGGAGCAACCAGGAUUCCCGAAACGGACAAAGAUAGAAUUUAUAGAACCGAGAAGUCGAAACAUGUGCUGGUGAUUCGAAACGGAAACAUGUAUUCAGUAGAUGUUAUGGAUGAAACGGGUAACAUAGAACAGCCAGCGACUUUGUUAGCUAGAUUCAAACAUGUCCUGGAGGAUAAUCGCCCACCGAAUGAAACCCCACUGAGUCUGCUGACCACGGAGAACCGAGACACGUGGGCCGAAAUUCGCUACCAUCUUCACGAAAAUGGAAACGAAAAAGCACUUCUUGACGUUGAUUCAGCACUGUUCUGUAUUUGCUUGGAUAACAGUAAGAUUGAUCCGGAUCAGCCAAUUCCUAUGAUUAGAGAUUUCCUACUAGGUGACGGAACAAACCGAUGGUUUGACAAAUCGUUCUCGUUGAUUGUAGCCAAAGAUGGAACGGCAGGCGUUAAUUUCGAGCACUCGUGGGGCGAUGGAGUGGCUGUGCUUCGGUACUUCCAAGAAAUCUAUAAAGAAACUACGAAUGCUCCUUUUGUGCAUCCAGAGUUGGAACCGAAGGACGCUAACGCCAGCGGAGAUGUGGUCAAGCUGAUAGAAUUUAAGUUAGAUAGCAAAAUUAGAGAUGGUAUCAUAGCUGCACAAAAUCAUCACAACGCAAUAAUUGACUCGCUGGACAUGAAUUAUAUAAAAUACAACGGUAUUAAUAAGAACAUCUGUAAACAGAAAAAAAUCAGUCCAGAUUCUGUUAUGCAACUGGGUUUCCAAUUAGCUUUCUACAAGCAGCACGGACAGUUUGUGGCCACAUACGAAUCGUGUAGUACUGCCGCUUUUCGCCAUGGACGAACCGAAACUAUGCGUCCAUGUACUUCGGCUACUAAAGAAUUCUGUGAAGCUAUAGAAAGAAAACAAAAUCCUCAUUCAAUGAAUGACCUUCGACAAAUGAUGGAUAAAUGUUCCACCAUUCACGGGCAACUGACGAAGGAAGCAGCCAUGGGUCAAGGUUUCGAUAGACAUUUGUUCGGACUGCGUCAUACAGCCCAACUCAAUGACAUUCCAUUGCCUUGCAUUUUCGAGGAUCCUGCCUAUGCGGCUAUCAAUCGGAACAUCCUUUCCACUAGUACCCUCUCAUCGCCGGCACUUCUCGCUGGUGGGUUCGGACCGGUUGUGAAGGAUGGAUAUGGCAUUGGAUACAACAUCCAGGAUGGUUUUCUGGGAUGUGUGAUCACUAGUUAUAAGCCGGAGCGUAAUGGUAGCGAUUUUGUAGAAUGUCUUCGUAGUGCAUAUGAUGAUAUUGCCAAUGUGUUGAAUAGUUCAAAACCGUCCGGUAAAUGAUUUUAAGUCUUCAAUGCAACAAACAAAUCACAGGUGAUUUGUGAAUUGUGUAUAAAUUCGUUUUGUUGAGCGACAUAUUUUUAUGAAAUAAAGUUGGUUAUAUAAAUG